GAAGAGGAGUCGGUCGGCUUGGCUGCAACCCAACAUGGCGGCGGGGAUGUACUUGGAACACUAUUUGGAUAGCAUUGAAAAUUUGCCAUUUGAACUGCAGAGAAACUUCCAGCUUAUGCGAGACCUUGAUCAACGAACAGAAGACCUUAAAUCAGAGAUUGAUAAAUUGGCCACUGAAUACAUCAGCAAUGCACGGACACUGUCUUCAGAGGAAAAACUGGGACUUCUCAAGCAAAUCCAAGAAGCAUAUGGGAAGUGCAAAGAGUUUGGGGAUGAUAAAGUACAGCUGGCUAUGCAGACAUAUGAGAUGGUAGAUAAGCAUAUUCGGCGGUUGGACACAGAUCUUGCCCGCUUUGAGGCUGACUUGAAAGAGAAACAGAUUGAGUCAAGUGAUUACGACAGUUCAUCAAGCAAGGGCAAAAAGAAAGGCCGGGCCCAAAAAGAGAAGAAAGCAGCUCGUGCUCGUUCCAAGGGGAAGAAUUCUGAUGAGGAAGCACCAAAGACAGCCCAGAAGAAACUGAAAUUGGUCCGCAUGAGCACCGAGUAUGGAAUGCCUUCAGUUACUUUUGGAAACGUGCACCCCUCUGAUGUGCUGGACAUGCCUGUGGAUCCCAAUGAGCCCACCUACUGCCUCUGCCACCAGGUCUCCUAUGGGGAGAUGAUUGGUUGUGACAACCCUGAUUGCUCCAUUGAGUGGUUCCAUUUUGCUUGUGUGGGUUUGACGACAAAACCAAGAGGGAAAUGGUUCUGUCCUCGCUGUUCCCAGGAGAGGAAGAAGAAGUAAAUUUAUAUCUUCUGAGAUCCAGAUACUGUUGCCAGAACACAAAACCCUGUUCCUGGGCUUCAGUAUUCCUCUCCCAGUUCCUGGGGCCUCAUAGUUAGGGGGUCUCACCCUGGGUGAGCAGAGCUACCUGUGAAUGGUUUGUAUCCGUAUGAUGGUUCCCGUGUGUACUGAAACACUCGCUGCUUGCUGUUGAGAGGGAGAUGGAGUUAAGCCCUCUUUUUCCCUACAGCCCUUUACUCUCCAUAGGUUUCAAAGCCUGUAUCCGCUUAAAGAAACCCAGACUUGUUGGUGGGAGAAGGAAUGACACCCGAAUAACUAAUAGAAGAAACAAAAUCUGCCCUCCAGAUUUCCUAAUAUGUGUCCCAGAAGAGGGGCAAUCAGGCCAGCCUUUUAUCCAGUAAGUGAUCUGAGAAGAGUGGCUUUUUACUCCUUCUCUUUCCUCACAACAUUCCAUUUUUCAAAGGGAGAGGAACCAUUUAGAGCCUGCUGGAAUAUUCCCCAUUUUCUUCAUGGGCGAAAUCCUCUGCAAGGUGAGACUGCCCCCCUCCCCACCUGCUGAAAGAGGUGAUCAUGGAUUUUGUUGCAGAGGACAGCCAGGCUCCAUUCCUCUCUUGGUGGUGCUUGUUUUGUUUUACAACCCCAUGUUGUAAAAUAUGGCAUUAAAUAAAGUAAAUUCAACAAA